AAAUCCUGGCCGUUCCUGCCGAUUAUAUAUAAAGAGGAGAAUGUUCGGGAGACGCUAGACUCCAACUUCUCUGCUCCUCUCCGCCGCCGCACUGCUGCAGGCUUUCAUCCGCUUCUUCGGCUUGCUUCCACGCUCGAGUUUUAACAAUGAAGAUGAUCGCUGCCUACCUGCUUGCUGUCCUGGGUGGAAACACUUCCCCAACUGCUGAUGACGUUAAGAACAUUCUGGAAUCAGUUGGGGCUGAAGCUGAUGAAGAGAAACUGGACUUCCUGCUCACAGAACUCAAAGACAAGGACAUAACAGAAGUGAUUGCAGCUGGAAGGGAAAAGUUCGCCUCCGUGCCUUCAGGUGGUGGUGCAAUUGCUGUGGGAGCUCCGGCUGCUGCAGCUGGUGGUGCAGCACCUGCUGAAGAGGCAAAGAAGGAAGAGAAGGUUGAAGAGAAGGAAGAAUCGGAUGACGAUAUGGGUUUCAGCUUGUUCGAUUAAGCACCGCUUCCUGCGUAUGGUUUCUUCUCGUGUAUGGUCUGAUUUGACCGGUCGGUAUCCGCAAAAUAACGGUGCCAAGAACUAGUAUCAGUGUGCUAUUUUGCGUGUGAUAAUGUACAUGUCUAGUGCCUUGGUACCAUGAUAUGCGAGUAUGCAGAACUACUAUCUUUGUGCUAUUUUGGGUGCGAUAAUGUACAUGUCUAGUACCUUGCAUUGGUAUCCUGAUAUGCGAGUAGACGUCUUCAUCAGGAAA